AUGGUAAUUGUAUUGUAUUCUCAUGUUAAAAAUAGAUUAUAGACUUAACUUAUUAUUGAUUAAAAUAAUUAAUUAAAUAUAAACAGUUAGUAAUUAAUUUAUUUCAGUACCUAUAAAUUAAAUUAAGCUGAUUCAUUUUAAAUUUGGAAAAUAGCAAGUGGAAGAUAGACAGGUAUAACAAGUGUGUUGACUUUCAAGAGACUUAAAUAUUUAGAAGACUCAAUCAAUUUGUUUAUGACACACAAACCUUAUGAUAAAUAUUGA